AUGGACGAUCAACAUUUGGUGUCUCGAAGAAGCUCGACCGGCGACUGGCAGGAGAAGGAGGAACGGGUAUUCUAUGGUAUCUCUAUAGCCGCGAGCCUCAUUCAACUAUUCGUAUUUAUGGGCCUCAUCGUUGCGAUAUGGCACCGAAAAGGACAAUCGGUCGAGAAAGGUCUGAUCCUUCGCAAGUAUCUCCUGAGCUCGUCCAUCGCCUACCUCCUUUCCGGCAUAUUGAGCGUGAUCGUCGGCUCUAUGGCAGCUGCUCCAUCACCUUACUCUGAGAUAUACAUUUUCCCCGCUAUGGUCCAGUGGUUCUUCUACUUGCUCGCAUUGUGCAUGACAUUCUAUAUCCUCUUUCGACUGGCCCAGCUCUUUCAACAGCGGUCCAUGGGUGGAUCCUCGCGCAAAUUAGGCAGGAUGCACAUGUUCAGCCUUGCUGUGGUUGUUCUAGCGAGCUUGUUGGAGUGGAUCUUCUACGUUGUGUAUAUUUGUCAGGGCCAACGAAUCUUUAGCCACCGAAUUUUUUACGAUACCUACCACUGGAGUGGAUGUGUCCGCCAGCUUGUGCAUUGGCUUGCGUCACUUCAGGUUCUUAUUCAGGCGAUUUUUGCAACAGUCCGAUCAUACAAGAUGGAUCGCCAAGUCUCGCGGUCCGCCACUCUAUUCCUGAUCUCGAGCACCGCAUUCUUUGCGAUCAAUGUGUUUUGGUCAGUAAUUUUCAUCGACUGGAGCAUUGUCCACUGGCUUCGCAACGAGCUGCCACACAAUGUAUACCCGAUAAAAUUGUUUGCUGCGGUCUUUGAACCUGUGUGCACAGUCAUUGCCUACGUCUGCCUCUUGAAGUGCUGCUCGCAGCUCGUCCUGUACAAGGCCUUUAAUUCCCACCACAGUGACACGGGGCUGGUUUUUGGUCACUUGGGGUCAAGGGAUGAUCAGCCCUACUUGAGUGUUUUGCAUCAUGCGCCACACACAACGCAGCUUUAA